AUGUUGUCAAAACUUCGACAUCUUCGACAUCUUGAAUUAUCAGCAGUUGGUUCUGCUGAUCUUGCUAAUGCAUAUCGAUGGGAAAUAUUAUCAAAAUGUUUCGUUACUCUCAAAUUUUGUUUCGAAAUUCAACUUAAUUCAAUUCCAGAAACUCUCGAUUCAUUUCGUACUCAAUACUGGCUUAUAGAGAAACGUUGGUUUGUUGCUUACAAGAAAAUGUUUUUCUUUACAAUACCUCAUUUUGUUCAAACUGAUGCCGAUGAAUAUUUUCAAUUACCUAAACAUUCGACGUGUUCUAAUAAUGCAAUUAUCUAUCAACAUGUUACUAAACUAACAUUAAUUAACAAAAUAAUCGAAACGCAUCAUCGUUUCAUGAAUAUUAAUACAUUAGAACUUCAUAAUAGUGCUGCUAAUAUUGACUUAACAUCUCUUCCUGGCGUCGCUGAUUUAAAUGGAAUAAAAACAUUAUUGUUACCAUCAUCGAUCAAAAAUAAAAAUAUUACAUUCCUUUUCAAGAAUAUGCGGCGUCUUGAAAACCUCUCAAUUAGCAGUAGUGCCGAUCAAAAUUUUGCCGAUUUCUUUCAACAAACUCGAAAUAUGCGACUUGAACAAAUUCGUCAACUUACCAUCUGUAAUCAUUAUGUUAUUAGCAAUCAUUAUAUUAUCGGUCGAAUUUGUCGUCUGUUUCCAUGUAUUCAACAAUUGAAUGUAUCGAUCCGAAGAGUAGAUGAUAUGAUUGCGUUAAUCGAUGGACUCAAACGGUUAUCAAAUGCAUCAUUCAUUUUCAAAUCAUUAUCCAAUAAUGACAAACAAAGUUUAUGGUCAAAGGUAAAAACGAUCAUUAAUGAAACUUAUCGUUUAGAAGAUUCAUGUCUUCAUGUAUGGAUUGAAAAUCGGAUAGAUAUUUCACAUCCAAAACUUAUUUCAAGUAUUAGUUGGGCGCAACGAUUAGAAAACGAGUGGCAUCGUCUUGAUUUCAUGUUGAGUCAAGCAUCACAUCUUUCCAUAUUCAUUACCAUUGUCUUGAUCGCUCAUCUACAUAAUAUUGUAAUUCACAUGUGGAUUUACAUGAUGUCAGGCAUCGCAUUACAUUCACUUCUUUCUCCAUCAAUAUUUGGUAGUGCUUCACUUACAUAUCUUACUCCAGUCGGUUCAAUACUCUCCAAACAUCUUGAUCGACCGUCUACAUAUAUUUUUUGUUACUUCUUUAUUUUAAUAUCUAUCAUCAUUGGCUAUAUCUUUUCUGACAACUGGAAAUCAAUGAUUGCAGAUAAAGUGAGUCUAUUUGUAUGA